GCAGAGGUCUCUUUCUUCCUGGUAACAGUUUCCGCUACGUCGAUGGAAGUGACAAAUUAAGUAAACAGGAGCUGUCACUACAUUUGUGUAUAUAUAAUUGUCAAUAAAAAGCUCAUUUUGAAAGAAUAUUCCUUCAUGAGGAAGCUGCUUUAUACCCGCUAAAGGGACCUUUUAUUUUGGGACUGUCCUGCGAUGUUCACAGACAUGGAUUAUGAGCUGGAGGAGGACAAACUAGGGAUACCGACGGUACCCGGCACUGUGACUCUGAAGAAAGAUGCUAACAAUCUUAUCGGCAUCAGCAUUGGUGGUGGAGCUCAGUACUGUCCUUGCCUCUAUAUUGUCCAGGUGUUUGAUAACACUCCAGCUGCUCUGGAUGGGACGCUGGCUGCAGGUGAUGAAAUCACAGGUGUGAACGGGAAAACGGUGAAAGGAAAAACAAAGGUGGAGGUGGCCAAGAUGAUCCAAGCUGUCCAGGGAGAGGCAGUAAUUCACUACAACAAGCUGCAGGCCGACCCAAAACAAGGAAAAUCUUUAGAUAUCGUGUUAAAAAAAGUAAAACAUCGUCUGGUGGAGAACAUGAGCUCUGGUACCGCAGAUGCUCUUGGACUCAGCAGAGCUAUUCUAUGCAAUGACGGCCUGGUGAAAAGACUGGAAGAGCUGGAGAAAACAGCGGAGCUUUACAAAGGACUGAUGGAGCACACAAAGCGGCUGCUCAGAGCUUUCUUUGAGCUUUCUCAAACUCACAGAGGGUUCGGAGAUGUAUUUUCUAUCAUCGGUGUGAGAGAGCCGCAGGCUGCUGCCAGCGAGGCUUUCGUGAAGUUUGCUGAUGCUCAUCGAAACAUCGAGAAAUAUGGAAUUCAGCUGCUAAAAACCAUCAAGCCUAUGCUCCAUGAUCUGAACACGUACCUCCAUAAGGCCAUACCAGACACCAAGCUCACCAUCCGCAAGUACCUGGAUGUAAAGUUUGAAUACCUGUCAUACUGCCUGAAGGUGAAGGAAAUGGAUGAUGAAGAAUACACCAGCAUUGCCAUGGGAGAACCUUUGUAUCGCGUGAGCACCGGGAACUACGAGUACCGUUUGGUACUAAGGUGUAGACAGGAAGCUCGGGCCCGCUUUGCUAAGAUGAGGAAGGAUGUUUUGGAGAAGAUCGAGUUGUUGGAUCAAAAACAUGUUCAGGACAUUGUGUUCCAGCUGCAGCGCUUUGUCUCAGGCAUGUCUCAUUACUACGACGACUGCUACGCCGUCCUGAAGGAGGCGGACGUGUUCCCCAUUGAAGUGGACCUGUCCCGCACUAUGCUCAACUACAGCAGCCAGUCGCUGUCGUGCACUGAUGAGGACGAGGAGGACGGAGGAGGCGGAGAGGAGGGAGGGAGCACGCAGGCAGAGAACGGCACGGAGAAACUGAUUGAUGAUGAAUGAGUGUUUGUGAUUUAAAAGCACGUACAUUUAACAUGAGCACUCUGUUUUAUGCUGUGGAAUAUAGCAGCUGAAAAAAUGUGUGCUGUUAUAACAAAGCUGAAUAUGACUUUAUGUUAAUUUUACUGUAUUUUAUUAUGUCAAUGUUUGACUCAGCAAUUUAUUUAAACCCAUUUUCUUGCAUUUUUAUAUUUCUUUGUGACUGGGUGAUUUUAUUUAAAUUUCUGGAGGUGUGUUUACUACUUCAUAGUGGGAUUACUAAGUUUAUGGUGUGCCUUUUUUACUCUAUCUUAGAGUUUCAUGGGUUUCUGGUGUUUGUCAGUCUAUAUGAAACUGAAUGUUGUAACUUAUUUCAUCUAUUAUUUGCUGCACACUUUGCAACAGCAACUUAUUCAACUAACUUAUAUUUUUUCUUACGAAAAACGUAUCGGCUUAAAAAUCCCAUCCUUUACAAAUGUCAGUGUUUGAACGAAAGUUACAAUCCCCUGCAACAUCAAAAAGCUUGUUAAAUGAGGCUGUUACAUGUAGAUUCUUUGUCUUUAGGGGAGAUUGUAUUGAUUUACCAGUGCAGCUGCAAAAUGAAGUAAAAAUUCUAUUUUUA